CCUCGAAGCAAAAGAAAUGAGAAUCACUUAAUUGAAGGUGUAACUGUUUAAGAUUGUUUUGAGAAAAAAACCUUUUUUGAAAGUCUUGUACAUCCGUGUGGAGCCACCUGCAGUGUUGGCCGAACUGAUGGGGACGUCCAGAGUUCUAGCAGCAGUCAAAGACCUAGCCGAUGGUUGUAAAGUCGUGGAAGACUUGGAAGCCACCGGUUGUGAAACCUCCUCCUCAAUUCCACCAGCUGCAUAGGUCGCAUAAGGGUUGAGAUUGCCUAGAAAUCAAGGGAAACCAGUCAGUCAGAACACUUCAACUUCCGUCAAAGGUUAUCAGGUGAUCUUCGCCUACCAGUACUAUCCAUUGAACUAGUUGACAAGCGAUCUGGUUCAAUAGCACUUGAAGGAGGGAUGACUUGUGAGGGAAGGAUAGUUCCUGCUCUACCUCGAUCGUAAAGUCUGGAACUUCGACCCAAGCGACCAAGAAAUCCUCCUCCUGUCCUCACUUUCCCUUCUGGAUGAUACUCCGUCUUGUCCUCAUUUACCGGAAUCGGUGGCAGGGUUCCACGGUGUCUUCUACCAGUUGCAGUCUGAAAAGCUGGAUGUUGCAUUUUUUGGAUACGCUGUUGUUGCUGUUGAAGAUGUGGAUGCUCUGUUGCAAGAUCAGCAUUAAGAAUCGGUCUCCCGACCGUUGGUUUUGUCGUGGGAUUCAAUUCCGCUUCCAGUCGUCGAUGUCGACAGUAGAAGAAAAGGCAGACGAAAGCAACAAAGAGCACAACAAAGAAGAUUGUCAAUGGAACGAUGAUGGUUGGUUGGCUGAGAAAACUAGUUCGACCAAAACGAGUGCUAGCACCUUCCCGAGGUUGAAUUCCACCAACAGUUCGCGUCCAAAAAUAUCCAAAAUGUGGUGUCUUUCCAGCAGGAUUCUCAGCCACGACGUGAUAUUGGUAGUAUGACCCAGGAUGGAGACCGCUCAGGUUGUAGCAACAUCGUCGAUUCCAGGACUUGUUGUCCAGACUGAAGAGAUCGCGUUUUGUCAGGGUGAGGUUGAAAUGGAGGGUUGAAAAGGCGCCUGGUGUAGCAGAAGCAGUGGAGACAGCAGAAUUACCCCCAGAGGACGACGAAGCUCCAGUAAGUACAGACGGCGAGGAGGGAUCGGCGUCAGAACCGUCAGCAGCUGGCCAGACUCGGAAUCGGUAA